CAAUUUGAGAUAGAAUUGAGUAGAAAAAUCGAAAACCCAAAUUAUUUCUUGAAAUCAUACGAGUGGGGGGAUAACGGCAACACAGACAGAUCAUCGAUCAACCAAUAAAAACCCCCAAUUUUCUUAUUCAAAUCACCCACCACACUGCAAAUUCAACAACUUUUUCAAAUCUUCUCGAUUGAUUCACAGUAUGAGCAAUUCAAGACUCUAAAGAUCACCACUUUAACAACAAUCUCAAGAAACAGAGAUAUUCAGGAUUUCUUGUUCUAAAUCUUGUUUUUUGAGUUCGUCUGCGGUGGUUAAUAGUGAACGAAAUUGAUGUACAAUGCAGAGAUCACGUAAAGCUCUUCUUUCCAGAAGAGCUUUGGGAAAGCCUACCCUUUGGAUAAAUCACUUUUAUAAGGUUUCGUUGUCUCUCGUCGUCUUUAUUUGGGGGCUUCUGUUUUUGUUGAAUUUAUGGAUCGGCCAUGGCGAUGGUUAUAGAGAUGGCCCGGAAUAUCAUCCAAAAGGAUUAAGAACAUGGGACGAUCUAAAACUUGAGCCCGACAGAGGAUCAUAUUGCUCGUUAUCUCCAUACGAAUGUCCCGUAGAGCUAGACUUCGGAAACCUUCUCAAAAGUCGUUUAAUUUAUUAUCGUGAAAACAAGGAGGAGAUCGUCAGUCAACAACUCGAAGUUGACCGAAAAGAACCAUACCCUCUUUCUGCCGCUAAACCAGAACCAAAGGGAUCGUUCAAAACCGAACGAUCAAGAUCCGUGCCUCUGGGUCUUGAUGAAUUCAAGAACAAAGCUUUUAACGCAAAAACCCGACUUUCAAACGGUAACGUGGGAAGUAUAAUUCACAGACUUGAACCCGGUGGUGAAGAUUACAAUUAUGCUUCUGCCGCAAAAGGCGCAAAGGUUUUGGCGUGUAAUAAAGAAGCAAAAGGUGCAUCGAACAUCUUGACGGUAGAUAAAGAUAAGUAUCUACGAAACCCGUGUUCGGCUGAAGAAAAGUUUGUGGUUGUAAAGCUUUCGGAAGAAACGUUAGUUGACACCAUAACGAUUGCGAAUUUCGAACACCACUCGUCAAAUCUUAAAGAUUUCGAACUUAUCGGGAGUUUGGUUUAUCCUACGGAAACUUGGGUGAAACUCGGAAACUUUACCGCUGGAAACGUAAAACACGAACAAAGAUUCGUUCUACAGGAGCCAAAAUGGGUGAGGUAUAUAAAACUGAAUCUUUUAAGUCAUUACGGAACCGGGUUUUAUUGUACGUUAAGUUUCGUGCAAGUUUACGGGGUUGAUGCUGUUGAAAUGAUGCUAGAGGAUUUGGUCUCCGUGCAAGAAACGAAGUUUGCAUCGAAAGAAGCUGAAACGGAUCCAAAACGAGAGGAGUUUAAAGCAAAACGUGAUUUAUAUGAUCAAAGUGCUGUUGAUGAUGUGGAACACGAGCAAAGUUUUGAUGAAUUUGAGGGUAUCCGUGCGGCUAUAUCGAUCGAUGUGCCGGACCCACUUGCGGAAGCACGACAACAAGCAGGAAGGUCGCCUGGUGACAGUGUUAUCAAGAUUUUGAUGCAAAAAGUUAGGCUUUUAGAUGUUAAUUUAUCGUUGUUGGAGAGAUAUCUCGAUGAGUUAAACUCGAAAUACGGGUACAUUUUCCAAGAAAUCGAUUCGGAAAUUGGAGAACGAGAUGUCAUCAUGGAGGAAGUCAAACGAGACUUGAGAAGUUUUCUUGAGAGUAGUGAGGCCUUGACUAAACGGGUUGAUGAUCUAGAGUCGUGGAAAACAUCCGUGUCUAGUCAGCUUGACGAUAUCACAAAGAGCAAUGCUUUCCUCAGAUCGGAGGUGGCAAAAGUGAGGGAGAAUCAAGUACAUAUGGAGAAUAAAGGGAUUGUUAUAUUUCUUGUUUCGUUAACUUUUGGAUUGCUAGCCGUUGCCAGAUUAUUUCUGGAUAAAGUUUUGUUCGUUUUAUAUAGUAAACAUAGAUCAGAAAAGACAAGUAAGACGGGGGAUCAUUCUUGGAUUUUCCUGCUUUUAAGUUGUACGAUUGUCAUCGUCAUCCUUUCGUUAUAAAUCAUGUUUUUAUGUGUCUCUUUUUCGGGUUAAA